CAUCAACCCCCGGCCAGGAGGGACGGACAGGGCGCAGGUCCCCCAUGCCGCCAGCUAAUAGUACCUCAACCUUGAAAGAUCUCUUUUAUUCAGAAUAUGUGUCUUCUCUUAGGUCAUUGAUCAUAGAGCACCCAGGGACACUCAUUCACAGUCAAGUGGGAAACGGUCGUCAUGAAUAAUCAGGAGGUUGUGGCUAUGCUGCAGGAGUGCAGGCAAAUGCUCCAAGUUCUCGUUUCAGAGGUGUCAGAGCCAUCUGAAGAGGGAAAGAAUGACUUCCAGCGGUGCGAAGCUUCGCUCCCAGCCGAUCUGAAGACCCUUAUCCAGGAGGCAAAGGAAAUGAAGUGGCCAUUUGUACCAGAAAGGUGGCAAUACAAACAGGAUGUGGGCCCAGAAGACAAAACAAACCUUCAAGACCUUAUUAACCCAAGACUGCAUGACUUACUGGUAUUUUUGAAGUCUUGUAUCCUGGUCCAUGACAGUUGUACAGCAGCUGCCAUUGUAUUUUUGAUUGACCGAUUUCUAUACUGGGCAGAUGCAUCCAGAAGACUGCUCUCUGUUGCCAAAGCUUUGCAUAAAAUUUGGCCCUCCGCUCCAAUAGCUCCACAGGUGGUUAUUCGGCAAGCUCGUAUCUCGGUAAAUUCAGGGAAACUUUUGAAAGCGGAAUAUAUAUUAAGCAGUUUGAUAAGCAACAAUGGAGCAACAGGAACCUGGAAUUAUUCUGAAGAGAGUGAUAGACAUCUGGUUCAGUCUGUUUGUAUACAGAUACGAGGACAAAUCCUGCAGAAAUUAGGCAUGUGGUAUGAAGCAGCUGAGCUGAUCUGGGCCUCUAUUGUUGGUUUUUAUGAACUCCCCAUUCCUGACAAAAAGGGAAUUGCAACAUCUCUUGGUGCUUUAGCGGACAUCUUUAUAUCUAUGAGUGAGAAGGACUACCAGAGGUUUAAGCAAAGUACCCAUGUGGGAUUGACUUUACUGGAAGAUGAACACAGAUUACUGUCUGCAGCAGAAGCAUGUAAACUGGCGGCAACCUUCAGUCUGUACACACCCCUUUUUGUCCUUACCAAUCUGAACAUCCGUGGUUCAUGCUUAUUAUCGUACAGCUUGUCAAAAGAGUGUCCAAAUGAUAGAAAGUCUUAUUAUCUCUCCGAAGCUAAGGAAUCAUUCCAAAUUGGUCUCCUCACCAAGAAGAAAGGAGACCGUGUGAUAAGUAAACAGGAGCUUCACAGCUUUGUCAAGGCAGCCUUUUGUCUUGUAAAUGUACAUAAGUGGAUUAACGGCACAGAACCCAUAAAUGAAGAUGUGAAUCAACUUUGUAGAGAAGCCAUGGAAAAACUUGCAAAGUAUAACCUGUUACCGGAUAAACAAGACAAAGUAGACUUAUCCAUUGAUAUCAUGUCUCUUGUAAGCUCCAUUAAAGAUCAUUUAGAUGUACAGGCAUUCCAGAACUCUGAGGAUAAUUGUUAUGUUCCUGACACCUACAAGGACUGUCUGGAAAAAAAUUUGUUUACUGGAAAAGUCAGUUUUGCAAAGCUAUUGGAUAUGUAUUCUCAUCAUCACAAUUCCCUUUGUGAAGUGUUUGACAUUACAUGCAGGCAGCAGGCCACCACAGAUGGGUUAAGAUCAGGUGCUUGUGUCACCGCCUUGAAGACUACUGAUACUAUAAGUACAAUGGACAGCACAUCCAGCCACACAUCAGACAAGAAAUCAGUUAGAAGAAAAAAAUUAAUACGGUCUAAUGCAAUAAGUGCCUCUGAUAGCAGUAGAAGGAAAUUAAGUAGGUCCUCCAGUAGCAGUCAUAGCUUAAGUUUGUCAAAUUCCAGUUUUAGUUGGGAAUGCAUCCCUGAACAAAAUGAAAUUCAAGAUAGUGGUAAAGCAGAAAAUGCUUCCAGCUCUUCAGAUAACCUUGGUGAGCAUUUCAGUGGAGAUGGCAAAAGCCUGGAAAUAGACUUUCAGGAACUAUCUGUUCAAGAAAAUAUGAUCUCGGAUAAGCAACCAGAAGAAUUAAUUUCCAAUGAUUCAUGUCCAAGCUCAAGAACUGGAAAUGUUGUCAGUACAUUUUCAAAAGCAGCAGGUCUAAAAAAUGUACCUGCUGUAUCACAUAGUGCGGAUCAGUGUUCAGAUGAUGGAAGCUUUGAGUUUAUUGGCGAUUUUUCUGAGACAAAGUAUUUACCUAAUAUUAGUAAGACAUACAAUGUAGCAGAAAAACAUAGUGUGCCUCAUAGUGGUUUUACGGAAGAAAAGAUUUCUAAUAUAAAUGACUUUACUGCAACAUGUGAUAGUGAAGAUUAUAUGUGCAUUGGAAUUGAUAAAAGUUCAUCAGUUGGUAAGGCAAGGCUAACAGAAAUUCAUGGAAUUGACAUGCAAGCUGAAACAGCAGACACUACAAAUGAUGAAUUCAUAUCUACGGGACAGUCAAAGGGUCUUGGAGGACAUACACUGAUUCAGGAAAUUGAUAUAAAAGCUGAAAGAGAGGAGGGUACAGAUGUAAUCUCUAGAACACAUGAUAACUUCAUAUAUCUAGGUCCAUCAAGGUGUCAUGUAGGACAAGCAGUAAUUCAUGGAACUGCCACUGAAACUGAAACAGAUGAUAUUGCUGAUAAUAGAAUACAUGAUAGUCCACAACCCAGUCCUUAUUUUCCAGAUGGAGAUGCCGAAGGACAGACUGGAACAGAUGAUAAUAUGAAUGAUGUAUUUGUUGCGUCAUCUAAGAAUAACCCAAAAUCUGUAGUCCUAGCAGGUGGUACAGCUGAGAAAAGGUUGUUUCAUGGAGUUGACAUAGAAGCAAAAACAGCAGAUACAGCAGAUGAUGCACCCAUUGAAAGGAAAGCAUCUGUGUUGAUCCCUUCAGGUGCACCUACUGGUAGCCAUCAUACAUCUGGCUCAGUUUCUGAAGAGUUAUUGGGCACAGAAGACAAAUUAGAACGGCAAUUCCUUCAUCAGCAAUGUUCUAUAGAAACUUCAACUGAUAUACCUGCUUUAACUCACAAGGACAGUAGUUUAAAUUUGUCUUCAAGAAAUAGCAAAGCACCAUUGGUAAACAAUGGUGAUCCAUGUGAGAGCACAGAAGAAGGAGAUGAAAGGUCAAGUCAGGGUCUCAGUAUCAGCCAUGGAUCCAGCUCUUGGAGCAAAAUAAGUCAGUUUUCUAGAUCUUCUUCUGCAUCCAAUUCAUUUCUCAGUUCAAGUGCAAGUUCCUUUGAUAUGCUACCAGGACUAAAUAAUGAGCAGAUACAACAAGCUCGUUUUCUAGACAACACUGAUUAUGAAAUGCUUCUUUCUGGAGUAAGUCAUAAUUGGCUGCUGAAGAGGCUAGAACAUACAGGUCUUUUUAGCUUCACAUGUUCAAAAGAGACACACAAUGCACUGCUUCUCAAGUUUUCAAAAAAAUCUGAGCUUUGGACAGCCCAGGAAACAGUUGUUCAUAUUGGAGAUGAUGUGGAUGUUAAAAAGGAAGGCAAGCAAAGAAUAGCUUUCUGGAUUCACUUUCUACACCAGGAUGAGACUCUGGGAAGGUACAUCGGAAAAGCAUACAAAAAAAACAAGGAACUGCUUUACCAUUUCUGUGAUGUUGAACGUCAGAUGACUGCUCAGUUCUAUGUCACAGAAUUCAACAAAAGAUUGUAUGGAUUAAAUAUCCCCACACAGAUAUUCUAUGUCCCGUCUGCUGUUCUAUUGAUCCUGGAAGGCAGAAGCAUAAAGGAAUGUGUGAGUGUAGAGCCAUACAUUCUUGGGGAAUUUGUAAAACUUACCAAUAACACUGAAACUGUAAAAGCAGAGUAUGAAGCUACAAAGUACGGUUUGGCCUUUGGACAUUUUGCGUACGAAUAUUUUUCUGACAUCGUGGUGGAUUUACAGGGCUGGGUAACUGGAAGUGAGAAAGGUGAAGCAAUCAUUUAUCUAACAGACCCACAGAUCCAUUCAGCUGAAAAAACACCAGGAGCCAUGAAUAUCCAUUUUGGAAAUUACGGAAUAUAUUUGUUUUUCACUUCUCAACAUAAAGAAUGCAAUGAAAUCUGUAAAAAACUUUCUCUAACAAGACCUAGUGCCGAAAUGCUAGCAGAAUUUGGUAAAUCGCGGAAAAAUAAGGGCAAAUAAAGUGUACCUCUACCUUCCUCAGAAUGUUAAAUAAAGGCAUGGGCUUGUGGUAUACAUGG